AUGGAAGACACGUGUCAUAAAGGGGUUGGAGCUGGCAACAUGUCCACUUGUACACAACGGAUGCACCCCAUGUGUCAAGAAGAGCGAAGAGAAUUAAAUUGGGGCACAUGGGAUUGCAGCAGCAGCAGCAGGAGCAUCCCUAAUCACCGUCUUUUUGGGCUUAUAAAUAGCACAGACCGUUUGCAUUAUAUCUCCACAACUGCAAAUCUUCAUCACGUGCUUGACAUUCGCCUUUCAAGUUUUUCUUUAUCUGCUUGGUUCUUUCUUCCUUUGUUUUUCACUCUGCAACUGCAAACCUUAUCUACCACUAGUGCUGCCUCUCUGUGUUGUUUGCUUGAGUGUCCCUUUUGGGGUCAGUUAGACUCUUCCUCUUCAUCAUCCACCUCAAGUGCGAUAUUUGGCUCCAUUUUCCCUCCUCCAUCGAAGGUGCCAGCAGGAAAGGACUCUGGAAAUAUGGGAAAUCAUGGUGGGAGUGGAAAAUAUGUGAAUCCAGAUACUGUUACUCACAAAGGCAAGGGAGAGAGCAGCAGCAAAGGCAAGAGUUCAAUUUAUCAGAAUGAAACACCAGAACCAUGCUACUUCAGCUCGUCAAUCUACUAUGGUGGCCAAGAAAACUAUUCUCCAAGGACCAAGAACUCAGAAUCUCAACAAGUAUUCAAGAAAGAUGAUGGAGAGGAUGACCCCAAUGGAAACGAUUCAAACAGCGCUUCGAGGGGGAACUGGUGGCAGGGAAUUAUGAGUGUGAGCUCCCUCAAUAUAGACUAUGGAGCUAAGAAAUCAGUAAAGAUUAGUAUAGACUAG